AACAGUUUCGUUGGACAAUAAAGCAGACUGUAAACGGAUGGGGUUGUAGGCGCCCUUAUAAACACAAACAUUAAAAAUCAGGAACGUGACGAUUACUGGCAGCUUAAGUGCUGAAAACAAAUCAAGAUUUAUCAGUUCUAUGUGAAACUCAGGAGAAAUGUUAAGAGUUCUAGCCACAACCUUCAGAGUUGGAACAACUCUAAAUAAGCCCAUAAAACAUGCAUAUGUUGUUUCUUCUUCAGAUACUGAUUUUUUAUUACACGGCUUUUCUCCUGUACGUGGGUAUGCUGCCAGACCUAAACAGACUUUAUUCUUGGAGGAAAACACACUGAGUUCAAAGAUUCUAAAUUAUCUGAGAACUGGUACAAAGUACUCGGUUGCUGACAUUCCUGGUAUUGAUAGAAUCAACAGUAAUGUUUGUAAUGAUGCUUAUGCUAUACAUCAGAUGCUGCUUGUCAUUUCCCACAGUUUAGUACCAAAGGCAAAUGAUGUCCUCAAACUUUUCUCAUUAUAUGCCAUAUUAAAGCAUUCUAUUUUACAAGAUAUUAUAUCCAAGAAAUCUCUCAUGGUAACAGUGAAGAAGAAAGUCUAUGAUAGUGUAUCCUUGAUGACUCAAGAUGAACUCAGAAACUUUGCAGUGGUAUUAAAAGAAAUGAAUUUCCAGAAAACAAGAUAUUUAAUGGAACUUGCUGGAUAUAUUGAUUCUGAAUGUGAAAAACGAGCAUGGAAUGGAAAUUUUGAACAGUGCCUGGAGCUCUUUGAUAUUCUAUUAAUAUUAUAUGGAAAUAAUAUCUACAGGAAAAAAGAGUAUGACACUUUUAUGUCAUUAUUUGAGAAACACACAGAAUCAUUUCAGCCUCAGCAUUUAGUAAAAGUUCUUUAUUAUGUAGGAAUUGGUAAGAAAAAAAAGUUAUCAAGAGAGUUUAUUGACAAACUAGUGAGAAAGCUGGGUGUUCACUAUCAAGAUUUGUCUUUUCAAGAUGCUGGCAUAGCAGCAUCUGGUGUAUUUAAAUCUAAUAUAAAAGUGGACAAAGCCUCACCAUUUAUAAUAAAAAUGGUACAACAUUUUAAAACUAAAGUUGAAGAAUGCACCUCUAUUUAUGACUUAGAAUCCUAUGGACUUGUUGCAAUGAUGAAACUCAUUCGUGCAACAAAAUUUCAAGACAUUGAACUCUUUCCUCCUUUGAAUGCUUUUAUAAUGAGCACAAAUUUAAACACACUCUCAUCUGAGGUUGUUGCUCACACACUGGCACUCUAUGCCAACACUGGUGUAUACCAUCCUGAAAUUUUCACAAAGCUACAAAAUAUAUUAAUCCAUCACUUAGAAGAUCCAUCACACACUGUCCGCCUAAAAGAUUUGUCUAGAAUUCUUUGGGCAUUUAGUCAUGUAAGUCAUCAAUGUGAUAAGGCUUUUUUCAAAGAAAUUGAUAAAUAUCUCAUGGAGUUUGUAUAUAAUGGUGAAAUAGAUACAUAUCCACAUUAUCUAUCAAGUACACUUCUCUCCAUGGCUGUCCUUGAACAUUACCCUCAAGAACUAAUCAAGGAAACCUUCAGGCCUGAAAGAAUUCACAGAUUACAAGGUUACCAGAAGAGCAAGCAGCUGUCUCGUCUUCUAAUGCUAAAUGAGUGUCUUAAAUUGGAAUUUCCUGAAUUAAUCCUUGAAAUACCAGACAUCUCAAAAAGUAAUUUACCUUUAAGAACUCUCACAGAUGAAACUAAUCAUCGUCCAGCUCUUGCAACAUUAAUGGAAGGUGCCUUCCUUAUUAAUCAAAUAGUUGGUGCAUCUGUUCUGAAACUUAAGUUUCCUAUUACACACAUUAACUAUGCAAGUUUGUUAUUCGAUAAUAGUGAGCUAAAGGAUCAAAAUUGUAUCUGGUUACCAAAUAGCACUGGCCAGCGAGACCAUGUACUACAACAACUGUCUAUGAUUAAAGAGAAUUUCUUUGUGCAGCACAUAGCUAUUGAACUGUUGGAUUCUCAUACUACUUUGUCUACAUCAGAACCAAUUGGAAUAGUGAAAAUGAAGAUGCGACUUCUGAGUCAGCGUGGCUGGGAAGUGAAGAAAGUUCACUCAAAAGAUGUUGAAAACUGUCAAGGUGAUGUCCAAGCACUAGCAACUUUGAUUCUGAAUGAGUUGACUAAAGUAUCCAUAUAAUUGUAACAUUUGAAAAUUUGAAGUUAAACUGAAGAAAAAGCUAAUUAAAAUGUAAUUGUGCCACUCGUCUGCACAGUUUUUUUUUUUUAUGUCGAAUUAAAGACGAUUCAUUAGCAUUCUUAUAGUUUUUAAACUCAUAUUUUAUUAUUUAUGUACUGUGCAUAAAACAUUUAACUUACUGAUUUAUUUAUACAGUUUUUGUACGUAUUGUGCAAAAAAAAUUUUUUUUUUUAAAUAUCACUAAAUAAAAUUUCCUAGCAGAUUCAUACAAAUUUGUAAGGCAUUUUAUUGCUGAUUACAGUUUAGCUGAAAUGUAGAGCCAAUUAAUCCCAACAGGUUAAGUGUUUUAUAUAUAAUUAUUAUUGUGUUGUAUAUUGUCAAUUUUGCAGUCCUCUACAUUUGUAGAUUAGCAUUGUUUACAAUGAAAUAAACAUCUCACA